UAUAUAAUUAGAAUUAAAAAAUAGAAUCCCUUUUCACAUAACUCGUUUUCCAUAUCUCGUUUCUAUUUUCACCGACGCGAAACCCUUUUCACUUCCUCCUUCCGCCGUUCCUCCAACCUCCCCCCUUUCCGGAAGACACAACUAACACCGUACGAACGGCCGCUGACAGCCUUUCAUAAACCCUAACCAAAACAACAGUUGGCUCUCGAAGCUCGUUGAUCUCGCUCAGAGGUUCAUCACUUACAGCGCUCACAAACUCUCCUUCUCUGUUUUUCGUAAACGCCUUCCUCCACCACCUCCUUUAGCUAUGCAGACAAAGGAUCAACCUGUUGUCCAUAAAUUUCAGCUCAUCGAAGAUCCUUUCUCUCCGUUAGUCCUCUAAUCUACUCUUACUAUCAUUAUAUUAGGGUUUAUCAUCGCAGUUUUGGAGCAGUAUUCGCUUCCAUUCCCCCUUCCAUUGUUGCUGCACUAUAUUGCUUGUUCUUUGCUUAUGUUGGUUCGGGAGGUCUAAGUUUCCUUCAAUUCUGCAACCUCAAUAGUUUUAGAAUGAAGUUUGUAUUAGGCUUCUCUAUCUUUCUGGGCUUAUCUAUCCCACAGUACUUCAAUGAGUACACAACAAUUAAUGGGUUCGGUCCAUUUCACACUGGAGCAAGAUGGUUCCAUGAUAUGGUAAAUGUGCCAUUCCAAUCAAAAGCAUUUGUAGCUGGAGUUGUGGCAUAUUUCCUUGAUAACACACUACAUAAGAAGGAAUCUGCUAUUAGGAAAGAUAGAGGAAAGCAUUGGUGGGACAAGUACAGGUCCUUUAAAACCGACACAAGAAGUCUAACCAAUUCGAUCAUACAAAUUUUUCCUUUUUCCGAUGAUAAAUGUGAUCUAUACGACUACAAUCAAAUUUUAGUUGGACAAAAUAAAUUCGAGAAAUUAUACAGGCAAUCAUGGGAAGCCGGCGAUCAAUCCAACUUUACAGAUCCGGUUAACCGAUGGUUGUCAAGUUGUGGUUAUAAGCUUUGGUAUGAGAUUCGAAUAUUAUUCGGAGGAUCUGACGAUAAUUAAGCUCUUGCUUACGGUAUGAGAAUAGCCGAACAUCCUGACAUUGUGCUGACUGUUGUUAAAUUUGUGUCUCCACCCGGAACAACAUAUCAUUCGGCGCUAAGUUAGUCGGUGUUUCAUCAGUAGAAUAUACUAUGUUAGGAAGAAUGUAAAUAGGUUAAUAGUUGAUUGUAUAUUAUCAAAGAAUGUAAAUAGGUUAAUUGGUGAUUGUAUGUUAUCAUUUCAUCAUUAAUUUUUUUACA